AAGAAAUAUUACCAUUUCACCUCCAAAAUUUCGCCCUCCUUGUCUCCUCUCUCUCCUCCGAAGCUUCAGCUUGGAGGUCCCAUGGAGUUUCUUCUAUCUCUCUGCUCUUCUCAAUGCACCUGACUCAUUUUAUUUUUCUUUUUCUCUUUGCCUUUCUUAAUCCCAAAAAAUGUUGUAGUUCGCUGAAAUGAGGUGGAAACCAAAAGGAAAACAAUUUUCAUUUGGUUUUAGAAUUUAGUUCAACUUUUGGAUUUUUAGGGUUCCUGAGAGGAAAAACUAAACCGAGAAGAAAAUUCCCUUAUCGUACUUUUUUUGGUGGUGUUUUUAAAAAAUGCCGCCACAUCGAUCCAAGUCGGAGAAAAACGACGGAAUGGCGAAGCAGCUUCGUCGAGAUCCCUAUGAGGUACUUGGAGUCUCGAGGAACUCUACGGAUCAGGAAAUCAAGAGCGCGUAUCGAAAAAUGGCUCUCAAGUACCAUCCUGAUAAGAAUGGAAAUGAUCCUGUUGCAGCUGAUAUGUUCAAGGAGGUCACAUUUUCUUACAAUAUAUUGUCUGAUCCAGAUAAAAGACACCAGUAUGAUACAGCUGGUUUUGAGGCUGUUGAAGCUGAAAACCAAGAAUUGGAACUAGAUCUUUCAAGCUUGGGGGCUGUGAACACCAUGUUUGCUGCACUUUUUAGCAAACUCGGUGUGCCUAUUAAGACCACUGUAUCUGCGACUGUCUUGGAGGAGGCACUUAAUGGUGUGGUCACCAUCCAGACACUUCUGCUGGGGCAACCUGUUUCUAGGAAGGUUGAAAAACAAUGUGCUCACUUCUACUCUGUCGAAAUAACAGAAGAGGAAGCAAGAGAUGGGUUUGUUUGCCGAGUACAAUCAUCUGAUAAAAGCAAGUUCAAGCUAUUGUAUUUUGAUCUGGAAGAGAAUGGUGGAUUAAGCCUUGCACUGCAGGAGGACAGUGCAAAAACAGGAAAAGUUACAUCUGCUGGAAUGUAUUUUCUUGGCUUCCCUGUCUAUCGCUUGGAUCAAACAGUCAACUCAGUUGCUGCUGCAAAGGAUCCAGAUACAGCUUUCUUCAAAAAACUGGAUGGAUUUCAACCAUGUGAAAUAACUGAAUUAAAACCGGGCACACAUUUUUUUGCUGUUUAUGGUGACAACUUUUUCAAGAGUGUAAGCUACACUAUAGAAGCUAUUUGUACGGCCCCUUUCAUAGAGGAAAAAGAGAACCUUAGAGCUGUGGAAGCUGAGAUUCUCUCCAAAAGGGUGGAACUGUCAAAGUUUGAAACUGAAUACAGAGAGGUCCUGGCACAAUUUACAGAGAUGACAACCAGAUACACAAAGGAAAUGCAAGAGAUUGAUGAGCUUCUCAAACAAAGGAAUGAGAUUCAUGCUUCCUACACGAUGAUUCCUCCAAGUAAGAGAAGUUCAAGUAGGAGCAGGAGUAAGGGUGUCUCCAGGGAGGCCAAAGAAGGUGAAGUGAGAGACAGGAAACAUUCUACGAGGGAUAGAACUAAGAAGAAGAGAUGGUAUAAUAUCCACUUAAAAAUUGACUAGAGAAAGCAGCCAUGCUGAACAGGAUAAAGAAGUCUGCACAAAUUACAAAUCAUCAAUUUCUGCACCCAUCAUUUGUUGCAUUGGUUCAACAUUUGUGCGUUGAUCAUGAUGUGAAGAAGAUGGUUAAGAUAGAAGUUAACCAUUUCUUCAGCACGUCAAGGAUGACAGUAACUCGUUGUUAUUGUAAAAUUCUUUCUUCUUCCUUUUUAUUUAGUUUUUUUUUUCUCUCUGGCUCUUAUUUGUAAUUUAUCCGCUUGUUCUCAACAAGAGCACUCGUAAGAUUCCCCCAUUGAUCAACACUGUGGACUUAUCAGGGUACAGGACGAGGAGGUAGAAUACACUUCCUGCCCAAACCCGACCUAUUGACAUCCCUCACCAGAACUAAAUUUUCUCUCAA